UGCAAGCGUGCGUUUGGAAUAUUGGACGGUUUAUGGAUGUAUGACGCCCAUGUGGAUUAUGGACUGAAACAUCGUGCAGCCAUGCAACGCCGGCGGAGUCCCGACGGACGACUCUCAACGACAGACCUGUCAUCGGCAUUUUGACUCAAAUUGUUACGGAUGCAGCCAUGAAACCAUUUGGGAAGACCUAUAUACCCGGUUCCUAUGUGAAGUACAUUGAGUCCGGGGGGAGCAGAGUAGUGCCAAUCCGAUUGACGCUGACCAUUGCUGAAUAUGAAACAAUAUUCAGGUCCGUUAAUGGUCUACUUCUCAUCGGGGGAGCAGUCGAUUUACAGACGUCGGACUUCGCUAGGGUGGCGAGGAUCUUUUACGGGCUCGCCCUGACGGCCAACGACGCAGGGGACUACUUCCCCAUCUGGGGUACUUGUAUGGGUAUGCAGCUAUUGACUGUAAUGGUGUCGGGUAAGAAUCUGCUGACAAAGACCACAGCUGAGAAUGUAGCCUUGCCGCUUAACCUGACUGAAGAGGCUCGCUCCAGCAGGAUGUUUGGGGGUUUUCCCAAUGAGCUCAUGAAGGCCUUGUCCAUGGAGGCUCUGACGGGUAAUUUUCAUCACUAUGGAGUCACAGUGAAGAAUUUCCAGGAGAAUGAGGAUCUGCAAAAUUUCUUCACCAUCCUGUCAACAAACAUAGCCGAUAAUGGAGCCCAUUUCGUUUCAACCAUUGAAGGUAAGAGAUAUCCAUUCUAUGGUGUACAGUGGCACCCAGAGGUGAAUCGAUUCCAGUGGAAUCCCAAAUAUAACUUUCCUCAUUCCACGCAUGCUGUGCAAAUAUCCUCUCUCUUGGCAGAAUUUUUCAUUAAUGAAGGUAGGAAAAGUUUGCACUCUUUUGACACGCCUGAGGAAGAAGCCUCAUCACUGAUUUACAACUACACGCCUAUCUUCGGUGGAAACUUCACGGGAUAUGAGCAGAUUUAUUUCUUCUGAGGUCUUAAAAGUUCCUGGUUGUUUCGCUCCUUACAUCGAAGGUCCCAUUUAGUCUGAGAGCUGCUGGAUUUAAUCAUAGCCCUCCAAACAAAGGUUGAUUCAAACCAUGUGUGUUGACUCAGUGUGCAUAUUUAUGUCGUUAUAUCAACUGAAAAUCUCAUGUUUCUUCACCUGGACUCUUGCCUCAAAAAUGGAUUCGAGGCUGAAGACUUUACUGAAACUCCAAUGGCCUACUUUAUAAUGGUUUUUUUUUUUUGGUGAUUUUUGAAAAUAUGUGCCUGUUUUUAAAAUAAUGAUGGA